GAAGCGAGACCAGAGUGGAAACGCUCCCCUCAUUAAAAGCGUCUUGACUGCUGCUCCCAAGUCCGCUACGCUCCAGAAAAUGGUUGAGUAAACAGAUGGUCUGUAAGACAGGUUGCGGUACCAUCGGAUAGUUCUUGCGGGAUAUCAUCAAGUAUUUGAGGCCUUAUUUAACCUAAGAGUGUCAGCGUUAUAUAAGGAGGCGUUUGUUAAAAAGUAAACCGAACAUACGGGUUCUUCAGAGGAAGCUCGGCUAAUUUGUUAGCUUACCACUAUUAGCAGACGUGUUGUGUGUGGUAUUCCAGUUUUCUUUGCUUUUAAACACUCAGGUGGGACAGUCUGGGACAGAUUGCACUUCCAAACCCGAGUAAAUAUGAUUAAUUUAGCUGGUGUGAGUUAGCAAGUUUAGCUAUUUUGGUUAGGGUGACAGUAGAUGCAGGAGGCCUGGGCCACAACUGCAAGACAAAUUGAGCCUAAAAUACAAUUUAACAGCCUGACAUGCUCCUCUGGUCUCACGAUAUAUAAACUACAUGAUCAUCAGGUGUGUCAAAGGCUCUAAAGCUUUAGUAGUUUGAUAGAUCGCGAGGUUAUGAUGACAUGGUAGGAGUGGAAGCAGCCUUGCCCACCAACAUCCUUAAAAAAUUCAGAAUCUGUUGGGGCGAUUUGUGGAGAUAUCCGAAGGUCAGUCCAGUUUUGGUGACCCAAGACCAUCAUUAGUGUGUGCUGAUGUUGUGUGGCUGGCCUGCUCAACUGGAUCUACGCACAUUGCUGUCUGUCUGACCUCACUUGGUCUUUCUCCUUAACAAGUUACUGAACAACGACCACCAUGUCCGACAACCAGGGCAAUCUGAACAACAACAACGUUCCUCUGAACAACAACAAUAACGGUGGGCCGAACCGGAUCCGGAACCCAGCGAUGAAUCAGAACCCCCUGAUCAACGUGAGAGACAGACUCUUCCACGCCUUAUUCUUUAAGAUGGCAGUCACAUAUGCCAGACUCUUCCCACCAUCCUUCAGACGAAUAUUCGAGUUCUUAGUCUUGUUAAAGGCAUUGUUUAUGCUCUUCAUCCUGGCCUACAUCCACAUUGCCUUUUCACGCUCUCCAAUCAACUGCCUGGAGCAUGUGCGGGAGAAAUGGCCCCGCGAUGGCAUCCUGCGUGUGGAAAUCCAGCGCAACUCCAGCCGUGCACCCAUCUUUCUUCAGUUCUACGAGACGGAGGGAAUCCAGGGGCUCGUGAAGGAAUCAGAAGAGGAUGGAAGUGAAACCAGACAGCCAAUGGUGCCGGCAGAUGCUGAAGAGGAGGAAGAGAUGACCAUGGAGAUGUUUGACAACAGCACAGUACAGUUUGAGCUGGACAUCGAGCCGCGACUGAAUCCGUCGAUGAGCGGCGGUGUUCCUGGCUCCAGCCUGAAUGAAUCCCAGGAUCUGUCCUUCAGCCAGGCCCCCUCUAAAGUGUGGCCCCAAGAAGAGUAUAUUGUCGAAUAUUCUCUGGAAUACGGUUUCCUUCGACUGUCCCAGGCCACACGUCAGCGACUCAACAUCCCUGUUAUGGUGGUGACCCUGGACCCCAUGAAGGAUCAGUGCUUUGGAGAUGGUUUUAGUCGCUUCCUCUUGGACGAAUGCCUGGGUUAUGACGAUAUCCUGAUGUCCAGUGUGAAGGCUUUAGCAGAGAAUGAGGAAAACAAAGGGUUCUUGAGAAACGUGGUCUCUGGAGAACACUACCGUUUUGUCAGUAUGUGGAUGGCUCGUACUUCCUACCUGGCAGCCUUUGUGAUCAUGGUUAUCUUUACUCUGUCCGUUUCCAUGUUGCUGCGUUACUCGCACCACCAGAUUUUUGUCUUUAUAGUGGAUCUUCUCCAGAUGUUGGAGAUGAAUAUGACCAUUGCCUUCCCUGCCGCCCCUCUUCUCACUGUCAUCCUAGCUCUUGUGGGGAUGGAGGCCAUCAUGUCUGAGUUUUUCAAUGACACAACCACUGCCUUCUACAUCAUCCUCAUUGUUUGGUUAGCGGACCAAUAUGAUGCCAUCUGCUGUCACACCAAUACAAGCAAGCGCCACUGGCUUAGAUUUUUUUAUCUGUAUCACUUUGCCUUCUAUGCGUAUCAUUACCGCUUUAAUGGCCAGUACAGCAGCUUGGCUCUGGUCACUUCCUGGCUCUUCAUUCAGCACUCAAUGAUCUAUUUUUUCCACCACUAUGAGCUGCCGGCCAUCCUGCAACAGAUCCGGAUCCAGGAGAUGCUGCUUCAGAACCAGCAGGUGGGCCAAGGAAACCAGACUGCAUUGCAGGACAAUCUUAACAACAACACUAGUAAUGCUGCGCCCGCCGGCCAGGCUAACGCAGCUGCUAAUGCGAAUGGCCAGGAACGGCAAGCCGCUCAGGACCAACCUCAGCUUGAAAACCACAACGGAUUGUUGGUAAAUCCCGGUCUGCCCAUCAACCCAUCCAGUUCCGACCUCGACUGGAUGGCUGAGAUCGCCAUUGGCCCGGACGUUCUGUCCGUUACACACCUGAGCGACUCGCUUUUGGAGCCGGGAGGGAUCCAACAGCCAAUGUCGUCUGGCGCAGGUGUAACAGAGUUGCACAGUAUGAGCACAGCAGCAGAGAACCAAGACGGAAACAUUAGCGCAACCAAUGUUCCCGCGGUUGACAUGAAGGGCCGGGGUUGCGCUCAGGGUCUGGGGCCCCCUGGUGGUGGAGGUGGGCAGAUGGAAUCUGAAACGAAUCCCACUUCCUCCCCAAUGACCUCACACACAGACUGCAGAGUAGCAGAAAUGCACAAGGGUGCAACAGACUGGGACGACAAGGCAAAGAACAAAAGCGAAAGCUCGGACUCCCACUCCGCCCCGGCUUGAGUCGCGCACUCGGUCGCUCCCAUUCGGAACAAAUGAAUCCACGCUCUACAGUCGCCACCCCUCUCUGUAAAUUAAUCCAGAAGGCAUCAAGAGGAGAAGCUGAUGGAGCUUUAUGUAAUUACAUCCUGGAAACCUCCGACGUGAACAUGAGGGCAGAAGCAGUACUUCCGCCAUCUAGUCAUAUUCUUAAGAGUAAAUACGCAUUGAAUUGUCGAAAUGAUGCCAUGUGUGAGGGUGUGAUCAUUUGGAGACUUAACAUGUGAUUUUUUUUUUUUUUUUUUUUUUUUUUUUUUUUUUUUUUUUUUUGAUUGGAAACUUUUAAUACAGGGAGUAUUCAGUUUGAAAUGUGAUGUAUCGUUCAGUUAAGAUACUUUUUGUGGCUCCUGAUUAUGGAGCUGCAGGUAUCAGCAAGCCGCGUGAGCGGCAAUCUUACUUUAAAUCCAAAUACACAUCGCACUUUGCACAUCUUGUGCGAGGAUUGUUUUGGCUCUUUUUCCAUUCCUCUAAUGAUAACAUUAAUGCUGAAAAUUGACUUAGAAUGAUGUUUUGGUCCCUACUACUUUCAUUCACUACAGCAAGCCACCAAAAUGUUCCUUACCUGAUUUAAAAUCUAGCUCAUGGCCGUUGUGUUCAGGUAAGGUAUUAUCAUGUGUACGGAGCAGUUUGACCACUGAAUUUGAUGCUAUUCAUGGUCAGAGUGCUCUGGUGUUGGUAUAUAGGUUGGGCUGCCAGUCAAAAAAGUGGACAGGUGACGACAGAGAAUCAUUUAUACUCAGAAUAAGUCCUCCUUCCACAUGAUCCUCUUUGAAAACUGUCAUGGGGUCAUUUCUGUAUUUUCUAAUCCUCAUCAAGAGACGUGUUCUUGUGGUUAGUUUAGGCAGACGUUUUUGUCUUUUGCACAAACUCAUCACAGUCUUUGGUUUUUCAGGUCAAGUCUGGCUUUGAGAGAGAGGGUGUAUAGAUUAUUGCCUUAUGCUUCUAAAACCGAACAUUAACCUUGUAUUUCUGUCUUUGGGAAGUACAUUGGGGUCGAUAGCCUUACCAGAGGCUUCAAAGCCAGUAGAGAAAAAAAAGUCACGAGACAUGACAACUGAAGCAAGAGUGAACAUGUCGUUAUUUUUAACAGAUAUUACUUAGAAUCAUACGUAAGCAGUGAAUGUCAGACUGUUAAAUUCACAGCAUUGCGGCCCUUCAGCUAAAGUCACGGAUCCGGAAGUCCAUUGCCUUUUCAUAUUCUGCUUUUGUAGAGGUUUCUCCAUGACUUGGGAAGAUCGGUGGCUGUCCAAUGACAGGACAAGUUUGUUGAGCUUCAUGACCAUGUGAAAAAACUUUACUAAAAGUAAGAGAACAAAAAGGAAUCUCUUGUGUUUUGUGACAUAUGGACUGUGGAUGGGGGAAAGGUCAUUUAAAGGCUAUGCAACAAUAUGGCAGGCUUCCAGGCUCUGGAUAUUUUUUUUUUUUUUUUUUUUUUUAAAAAUUCAAAUUGUGCAAUAUUUUGUGAGGCUCAGAUCCAUAAAGGAUUCCAGGUCUGAAAGAGUGAUUUAUGGUUUUAUGAUCAAUUCCUCUUUAUUAUAUAUAUUUUUUUUUUUUUUCUGUGCCUAUUUGCCAUUGUCAGAUGAAGCGGAUGAUUGUAGUGUUUAGAUUGUGUAGGAUGUCUAGACAGAAACUGGUAAGAAAAAUUCUCAGUUCUGUGAUAAACUCGAUUCCAUGUCAUUCAAAUGUAUUUAACUGUAAUGUUUAAAAAAAACUGCAUAAAGAGACAAAAUUAAUUUCCA